AUGAGUAGCAUGGCCCGCCGGAACGACGUUUGGUUUGGGUGGAGCAGCGACUCGGCACACCAGGUUCAGAUCCGGACGAAAUCCGAAUACCAAUCGCUGCAGACCUACACUCUCGACAAGCAGCGCUCGUACAAGCAGCAGUACGGUGACAUGUACUUCCUGCGACUGACCAAGAUCAGGCCGGCGGUGGAGGCUGUGGCGUCGGCAGCCUGGGCGGGCACGACGAUUGCCGGCGAGGAGGCCAAGCGGGUGGACCGCGUGCUGGAUGUAAAGCAGGGGGAGCUGUGCUGGGUGGUGGGCACGGUCUUCAUGGCCAUGCCGCUCAAGCCCGACAUCCUCGAGGACGUGUCCAAGGACAGGUGGAUAUCCGCGCCCGUGCUGCCGGACAAGUACUUUGCCGACCCGAAGGACAGGGAGAUCAUGCUGGAGGAUGAUUCCGGGCGGGUCAGGCUGGCGGGCGAGCUGCUCAAGACGACGAACCUCACCACGGGGUGCAUCAUUGCCGUCAUGGGCACGGAGAAUACGAACGGGGAGCUGGAGGUGAUCGACAUCAAGGUUCCGGACCUGCCGCCGCAGCCGGAACGUCGUGCCGACAAAAAGGAGGACGAGGACGAGGAAAUGGGCAUAUCGAACGGUGGGGGGGGCGGAAACAAGGUGGCCAUCGUGUCGGGCCUGUUGUUCUCCGGCUCCGACGCCUCUUACUCCCUCGAGCUGAAUCUCCUGCUCGAGUUCCUCCUGGGGGAGGCGCUCGGUCCCGCGGCCCAGGCGGACAUCUCCCGCAUCAGCAGGCUCAUCGUCGCGGGGAACUCGAUAUCCACGGCCAAGAUGGAGGUGGACGCCCUGACGGGCGACAGCGUCGGCAACGUCAAGAAGAGGGGCGGUGGAGCAGCAGCAGCCACGAAGAAGUACGGCUAUGAUUCUAGCGCCUACAACGCCGUCCCGUCGCAGCUGUUUGACGAGUUCCUCGCCGAGCUGCUCCCCACCAUGCCCGUCACCCUGCUCCCGGGCGAGAAGGACCCAGCCAACACCAGCUACCCGCAGCAGCCUGUCCACGCGGCCCUGUUCCCGCAGUCCAGGGAGUACGGGCCGACGCCCGGCGAGACCGGCUGGCUGGACGCCGUGACUAACCCGUGGGAUGGGCGCGUUGACGGCUGGAAGAUCCUCGCCACGGGUGGGCAGAAUGUCGAUGAUGCGUUCAAGUAUGUCGAGGGUAGUGACAGGCUGGGUAUGAUGGAGGCCAUGUGUCGGUGGAGGUGCUGCGCUCCCACGGCGCCGGAUACUCUAUGGAGCUACCCAUUCCAGGAUGACGACCCAUUCGUCCUCAACGAGUGUCCUCACCUCUACAUUGUAGGCAACCAGCCCGCAUUUGGCACCAGGACCAUUCACGGACCGGAGGGACAGACCGUCCGGCUCAUAACCGUGCCGUCAUUUGCCGAUACAAAGGAGAUUGUGCUCGUCGACACGGACACACUCGAUGUAAGCAAGGUCAAGAUAUCGACAGUCAGUUAA